GAGGGGCUGGUUUGGAUGCCAGUGCCACUGCCUUCAACCCUGGUCUCUUUGGGGGCGGGGCCGGUUUGGGCCCUCUCUUUGCCGGGGGAGGCGGAGAAGUAACAUCUGAAUUUGAGCGUUGUUUCGGGACUUUGCUGGGGGCGGGGCUCCUCCUCCUCCUCGUCCUGUCUUCCAGAAGGUUCUCUGUGCUUCGAGAUGCAAAUUGUUGACGCACGGUUUUACUUUUGAAACGUCCAUGCUCAGAGCUGCAGUCCUGCGAGACGCCAUUUGAGGGCUGGACGACUUGACUCGGACUGAAUGUGGCGAAGUUCGUUUGUUGACGACUCGGACUGAAUGUGGCGAAGUUUGUUUGUGUGAAGAUGAAGAAGAAGAGAAGGAAGAAGACGAGGAGGAGGAGAAGGAGGUAGAAUCGAGGUGACCAGUAGAAGCACUGAAAUCUCUCGUCACGGAGGCCAACAAGCCCACGCCCAGUUUAUUUGCCUGGAGCUGGCUGGACGACGUAUCUUUCGUAGGUCCGCCACCGAUUGGAGGUUUAGGUGGCAGUUUAGACGCCGACUUCGCCUUCUUCUUGAGCGCGGGGGACGGAGUCUUUGCCCCGGCAAUCCCUCCCUUGAUGGCGACGGUACCGCCACCGAACGAGCUACAGUUUGUCUUCUCCAAUCUUUGAAGCAAUGCCGGGCUCAGUUUGUGUAUCUUGUCGCCGCCGCUACUCGUAGAGUCCCCGGGAUACAGGGAGUUGCCGUUCCUGAGCUGGUGGUUGUGUGAAGAAGGGGCGGGAGAUGGUGCAGGAGGAGGCGGGGGCUUGCGUCUCUUUUCUCCAACACCGCCGCCGUCGACGAGCGCUGACGAUCCGUUUGGGGAUUGCUGCAGCACAGAUCGUUUGUCACGCACCUCCGUCAUACCUCACGAUUACUGCUUGUUCCCAACAACAGAGCUGAAUCGGGCUCUACAAGAAAUUCCCAUUAGAGACAACUGUACCGAUCUGCACAAACACACACACACACACGCAUAUUUCACCAAAGGUGGGCGGAGUAUUAUCGUCCCGCCCCUGCCAAAUUUGCGCGUGCGCAGUUUUAGGGGCGGGGCUGGUUUGCAGCCACCGUACCAUCAAGCUGUUUGCAGGAACGGCAUGGCUCCCCUGGCCACAAGACCAGCUACUGCAGACCAGGAUCGUCGACCGCGAAAAGGGACCUCGAAAGCAACGAAAUAUGUAGGCCAAAAGACAUGCAGACCAUGUCAUACUAAUAUUGUUUAUGAACUGGAGUACUGAGUGACUGGCUUAUCAACAGCAAGCAAAGUUAACCAUUAGGUGUGUUCGUCCCUCAUACAAGAUCAAGUUGUAUUGUAAUUCCAUGAUGAUUGCACCGUUCCCCGUGCUCCUUCCUAUAUCCUUUCGCCUGUCUGUCUGGCUUCUGCGCAUGCGUGGUAUCUGCAGAAAUGUGGGUGGGGCUAGGUUAAUCGCCAUGGAAACAACAGUAUACGUGUAUUGCGCGGAUGCGAGUCUUUUCGGCUAAUUUGUAGCUCCGGGCAUUGCUGUUGGUGGCUUGGCUGAGGGUCUGAGUUGGAAAGUGCGUUCUUGGCUGGCGUGGGCUGCAGGAAUAGUUGUAUCAGAGUGGCUAUCUUAUCGCUAGCGGUCGCGGUGAUAUCUGCCAGCUGAGGGUCGGUAUUUAGAGCGGCUGCCAAGAGCUUCGCCAACAACUUUGGAUUCCGGAGCCCCUCUCCAGCAUACAUACAACUACCCCCCACCAACUUCAGUUUCCCGCGGUGUAGACCUACAGCCACAGACCAUAAGGUAUAUAUCUUCUCAAUAUCGGUGCUCAGUGCGGGUUUGCAGAGAGAUGGAGAGAGGGAGGAGCAUAGCUCUGGUGGGAGCCGUUGCUGCGGUUCUUCUCUCUAUCGUUGAGCUGGUCCACUCACAGACCAACUCCACUUUUCCAGCCAUCACACAACAUCCUAUAGGGAGCAUAGCAAUACCCGGAGACUCUGUGUCCCUCUCGUGUGCAGUUGAAGAAGAAGCCCACCUCAUAGAGUGGUUCAGGGACAACAACCUCGUAGCUAGUGGCCCAGAAUACCGGAUUGCUGCGUUGAGUGAGGACAGUGUUGGGAGCUAUACAUGCCGGGCUACCGUCCACGAAGUGGGUACCGUCACUUCAGCCAUUGCAAGAGUUGAACUUGCCUCUAUUUCAGCCUCUCCCCCAGGAGAAGAGAAUAACCCAGCCACAGUGACUGCAUCCAUCGACCGACAUCUUGUCCUAAGUUGUGGCGAAGUCACCAGCACCCCUCCAGUGGAGUACCAAUGGACGUCCACUUUAGAUCAACUCUUCUUAACCUAUGGGAUCAUCGAGGGCUACGACGGGCUCCUAUACCUGCAGCUAGUAACGCAACAACUGUUGGACAUAGGAUUUGUCUUCAACUGCAAGGCCAGCAACAAUCAACUUGGACUCUUUGUUGCUGGAUUUAUCAGGCUCAGUGCAGAAACCACUACAGCAAGUGAUCUGACUCCAAGUCCACGGGAGAUGAUGGCUGAGCCUCAAGACCUGGUGGUCAGUGAGGGAGACUCUGCUUUCUUCCAGUGCAUCGUUGGAGGAAGCCCACUGCCAACAGCAAGCGACAUAUCCUGGAGCGCCCCGACAACAGUCACCCCACAACCCUUUUUCCUACAGAACAGUGCGAUUCUGUUCAUCUCGAGUGCCUCGUUGGCGCACGCUGGUGUCUACUCCUGCAACGUCACUGGUCUCGGUGUCUUCACAGCCACUCUCACUGUUCUGGAGUACAGAAGUUCCUCCCGUCAUUCAGUGGCCCCAGAGCUCACAUACACCCCCAUAUUUGGAGACCAACUCUCCAUAACCUGUGACUCCACCAACACACUAGUCGGUGAGUGGAUCUGGUACCACAACGGAAUCAGAAUCCCAAACUCCAACACAUUUGAGGUUACAACCUCCGCCAAUACUCUUACGAUCGGAUCAGCACACAACAAGAAGCACGAUGGGCUGUAUCAGUGCUUUGCCUACAACGAUGCUGGGAAUGAUAGUGCAACCACCAGUGUCAGAGUAACCACCUACCCAGCCAGUAUACGGCAAGUACCAUCGCCCGCGUCGCAACUACUCUUUGCUGGCAACCAAACCACCUACAGCUGUGUGGCACACGGAGCCCCACCCCCAUACUUUGUAUGGCUUCACAACGAAGUCAUAUUGACGAGGGACGAUGGGGAGAGGGACGCGGUGACUAGAGAGACGACCAGUGAACUGGUGUUGCCGGAACUGAGUGUGGAGGAUGGAGGGGUGUACACGUGCAGGGCAGUGAACGAGGUGGACGAAGAGGCUUUGGGUAGCGACGAUGCUCAAGUCACUCUUGACGUCAUCGUGCCUACAAACGUCACAACUCCCAGUCUCUCUCAGCCUCUACUGGCACUGGAGCAGGAGAGAUCUGCCAUCGUUCCAUGCCUCGCAGAAGCUCAGGACGGUGUUACUCUAAACUUCACGUGGCUAAAGGACGACCUUCCUCUGACAUAUGAUGGAGUCAGGGUGUCACUAAUAACAGGGGCUCACUCUGCAAACGUGUCCUUCACCAGUGUGGAGGAAGGGGAUGGAGGGAUAUACCAGUGUAGAGUGGUGUCACUGUUGAGAGGGUUGGAGGGCCCUGCGACCAAGUCUGCAUAUUUGAGAGUCACCACUCCAACCAAGCUGCUGAUACCACCUCUUCUGAUACCAGUUUCCCAAUCUAAAGUCACCUCGUCUUCAUUCACGGUGGAAUGGUAUUUCCCUGGUCAAGGUGCCCUCACCAAACUGACCUCCUACACAGUAUCUUACACCAAGGUCGGAGAAACCACACCCAUCCAUCAGGUGACUGAACAGGUCAACGACGACAACACCGUCGUUCUGUCCUCGUCCCCUGAGACCCCGAUUCGACCGUACACACUGUACAAUGUGACAGUGUACGCCAACUAUAAGACGGGGGAGGUGCUGGGGCAGAGUGUACUGAUCAGGACGAGGGAGGACAGACCAGGGCCUCCGGGGGACAUGACUGGAACCGUUGUCAAUGCCACAACUGUCUUUCUCGAAUGGGAGCCUCCCGCAGAGCCGAACGGUAUCAUAACCAACUACACCGUCCGCUACAAACCGGAGUCCUCUCAGAGUUUCUACCAGACGGUGUCUCUGGGCUCAAACUCCACCCACCACUACCUCUCCCCUCUCCUCCAGCGGGCCUCCUACCUGGUCGAGGUGGCAGCCGGCACGUCUGUUGGUGUCGGCCCAUACUCUGAGCCAAUCAUCGUCUCCACUGAUAAAUCAGGAGGCGAACAGAGCGGGACACCGGUGUACCAGAGGGUGUGGUUUAUCGUGGUGGUGUUUGUGGUGGGGCUGGCGGUGGUCAUCUCUGGUCUGCUGCUGCUGUGUGGAGUCAAGUACGCUCGCAGCACCAGCCACAGAAAGCAGAAAUACAAUGUCCAGUCAAAGACGGAGACGGACAAAAGCAAUGGGCGAAGUACUCGUAGUCUGACUGAAGACGACAUGAAAGACUAUAAUGGAAGGGGCUCCCGUCUUAACGGAGAAACCAGCAACAUUGGUGUCCUGUUACUGGACGGCCAGGAAUCAGAGAGCUCAGCGGCAGACAACAAAUACCACUACGAACCCUCUCUGAGUACAGCCAGCCACAUCAGCAGCCAGGCCCCCGCCUACAUCAACCCCCCUCCAUUCCAGGAGGCCCUCAAGAGCCUGCACGCUGCCCGCCUCAGCCCAGCUUACUCGGGAUCUACUCUCGACCAAGCUCCACCCUCGACCGUGUACACUGUCGAUACGAUUGAAACCGAAUCUUCAUUCUGGGCAGACUCCAAGACACGAAUGCUACAGAUCGACCAAUCCCCCUCGCCGGCACGAUCGUACCAACCCUCUCCUCUUUUCCACUCCUCCCCUCCACCUCCCCCCAUCCCCACAGCACACCGUCCCCCUCCACCUCCUCCCCAGUCUCCAGAGCACAAGUACGCCUCGCUCAGUGAGCUGGAUCACAGGGGCACCGGACUACAGCAGAGAGAUGGAGACGAAGAGAGAAAGAGGUCCCACCCCGCAAGUCCACAGCCUGGAUACGACUCCAACGGAUACAGCCGAUUACCGGUUAGGCCGUCUUCCCAGCAACGAAUCCGACUUAGCUCCACCCCCGCGUCUCAAUAUCGGACCACCAGUCCUCAGAGCGUGACCCCAGUAGCGUCCUCGCCUCUCCAGCACAUGGCUUCAGCGGCUGUCGCGUCCAGUUCCCAGGACGUCACUUCCUCGUUCCACGCUCGCUACGGCGGUUCGCAGACAAUGACUUCUUCACAGGCAAACCCACUGUACACGAGGUCUAGUUCGCAGAAUGUCAGAUCGAAACACGGAGACUGGAGCUGGGUUUAGGAGGGGCACUAGCCAGCAGGUCCACGGGGCAAUGCGAAAACUCGCCAAGACCUCAAGUCAACCAAACUUUGCCACUUUCGUCUAAAACAACAAAACCCUGUAACAUACAUGAAUCUAUAUAAUAUAUGUGUAAUUGUAUCAUUGGAAAUUUUACUGUAUGGAUUGUGUAGUAAUUAAUGUCAUCACAGGUUUUCUGUCACCAAUGUUGUUCUAUCUGUAAAAUCACAUACAUCAUUGUCAUGCUCAUUUACAUAUUCACAAAGUACAGAGAAACAAAACAACUGC